AUGAAUCCUGUACUUAGUAUUAAAUGCAAAAUUCUUCUCCCAGUAAACCAUUACAGUAUUAGCAUAGGCUCCUCCGCAAGGUGGCAUGGUGCUGGAUCCAUUAAUUUAAUGGGUCAGAGUGUUCUGGUUCCAAAGUAUGAAUCAUCCAGUGAAAGUGAAGCUGAAGAAAAUGAAAGUAAAGGGAGAAAAAAAGAAAGCACCAUCAAGAAAAUGAAGAAUAACUUGGGAAAAUUAGUGCCACGCUACAGGCAACAUGAAAAAUUACAUCACUUCCGGGAGAACCUCCAGGAAAAACUUACUGCUAAUAAAAAUCUUGGGAUGACCUGCAAACAUAACAUCAUUUUGAAAAAUGUUAAGGAAAUGCCAUCACCAAAGAUGUUCUCAACAAAAUACAAACCACAAACGCAUUCUUGGGAUGAGAAGGUGAACCAUGGUGAGCUACAAGAAACCAAGAGAGACACCAAAAGAGAUAACAAAGUAGAAUCCAAAUAUUUAUCUCGUACUGAAGAAAAUAAAAUACUGAACUUUAAUAAUCCCCCUCAGGAAACAGCAACUAUACAAUUAGAUGUUGAUGUGAUGGAAGCAGAAACCAAAAGGAUAAAUGGUAAAAAUGUGGUGCUGAGAUCACGGCGCACAUCAAGAAGAAUUUCUGUUAUAAGCCCACCAGGUAGAUUACGAAAGGUAGAUGACCUAAUAGGAACCAUCACUGGCACAUCAAUGAGGUUAUUGGCUCAGAGACAUGUAGAACUUCAACACUGUGAGUUUCUGGGAGAUGAAAUACUGCAAUCAUCAAAGCAAUUUCAAAGAAUCUCCAGCAAGAGUGCAAGGAAAUUUAAGUGGAAAAAUGUUUGUUUUCCUUGUUUGUGCUGUUAAAUUACUGCAUUUACUAUGAACUAACAUCUCAUGUUUUGUUUGACAAUUGUUUAUCCUAUU